GUGGAAGCUGUUGCCAUGGUUUUGGUCCUGGGGGAAUAGAGGCACAAGCUGUGACAAUGUCUGUUACCUUAUUUGACACCUGUGGCACACCUUGGAUAGUUUUCGCCGGCACGGAGCCGCCAUCAAUAGGUUUGACUGCAGAGCAUUGCCGUGGUGGAGAUCUGCAGGAAUUCUAGUCUUAUUAACAAAGACGAGGUUAUUUUUGCAAUCGCUUUUCUCUUUUUUUUCUCUGCCUGUGAAGGCACAGCCUUUUGUCUCCCCCUCACUGAAUCAUACGUGUGUGGAAAGAGACUGCAGCGUGUGAAAGCCGAUCUCUGUCAGAAGGAGCAUCCAUACAGCAUGGAAUCGUCAUCAUCUUCUGAACGCGUAGUGCACACACGCUUCCUGGAUUUAGCUUUACCCCUGGAUCUCGCUGGAUCUGUGCCUCUCUCUCCCAUUCGGAGUCGUGAGUAUGUUUGCUAGCACAAAGUUUUAUAAUCAUUAGGUAAUCGUAUCUUUUCCUACAAUGAAGCUUUUAGCCUAAAGUGCAAGGAGGAGGGAAAAAUCAAUAGCUUUGCUGAAAUAGUUUUUGUGGCUCGGCUGGCUCUAAUGAUCAGCUUGAAAACUGGAGUCCUCCGAGUGUGGCCAUGCCUAAGAAGAAAAGGACUACAACAACACCGAUUGUUUCUUUUUUUAUCAGGGCACUGCCGUGAAUGCCAGCAUCUAUAUUUAAUGCACAGUGGAAAGCUUGCUUUUGCUUUUACGAAAGUGAUGUGAUUGAUACCUGCUCAUGGACGAUCUUGUAGCCCCACUCCAUUUAGAUUAAGAAUCCCUGGAGAUCUGUGGGCUUUCGACUACAACACUUGCCAGUUAAUUGAACCCAUUUCCUGCUUCUUCAGGCUCUUAGGUUCUCCCCCAUGCACAGAGAGCUCACUGGUCCUUCAUUGAUCCUCUCUCAGGUCUCAGCUCGUCUGGAGCUGGAGUCACAGCCCAGAGUAGCGUGCACCGCUUGUGGGCAGCUCGAUCACCUCCUCCCUCCUUGCUGCCCACUCCACCUUCCAGCAUGAGACUGCUGCACACUUGAUCUCCCAGCUGGUGAGGACAGGAAGGUUGUGAGUUGGCCGACGAAUGGAUUUUGAGCUGUCAGUUCCGACUUCGCACUUGCAUUAUUCCGCCGUCAGAUCCGUGAGCGGAUGCUGUAACCUUAUCCAGGUGCACCCUCCCUCUUCUGCCACGCUUCCACUUUCCGAACUGCCUUGGCGCUUGACAGCUGUUGCAGCUCUGUCCUGGCCCCAAGGGCUGUGAUGAACUACAUCUUUGGGAACAACACGCUGUACCCGCGAGGCGGUCGGGCCAACACAGCAUCCGGACAUGCCGCCCCAGGGUCCAAACAGAGGCAGUGGGCCAAGCGGAGCUCCAGUGAGGAACUGCCUUCGUCUUCCUCUCGCUGGCAGCAGCUGCUGGCCUUCUUCACGCGACGUGGUGCCUUCAGCGACUGCAUCACGGCAGGAGCGACCCAGGCAAGCCCCGCUCCGGUGGUGGUGAACACAGAAAGCCUUGACACCUCGCCCUAUGUGAAUGGAACAGAAGCUGAUUAUGAAUAUGAAGAAAUUACACUUGAACGGGGGAACUCAGGCCUGGGUUUUAGUAUUGCAGGCGGUACCGAUAACCCUCACAUCGGCGAGGACCCAAGCAUCUUUAUCACAAAGAUCAUCCCAGGAGGAGCUGCCGCACAGGACGGCAGACUCAGCGUUAAUGACUGUAUACUGCGGGUAAAUGAUGUAGAUGUGAGAGACGUAACUCACAGCAAUGCUGUGGAGGCACUGAAGGAGGCAGGCUGCAUUGUCAGACUGUACGUCAGAAGAAGAAAAGCUGUCACAGAAAAAAUAAUGGAUGUAAAGCUGGUAAAAGGUCCUAAAGGUCUAGGUUUCAGUAUAGCCGGAGGAGUUGGAAACCAACAUAUUCCUGGGGACAACAGUAUUUAUAUCACCAAAAUCAUUGAGGGAGGAGCGGCCCACAAAGAUGGACGACUUCAGACUGGAGAUAAACUUAUGGCUGUGAAUGCUGCUUGCCUUGAAGAGGUCACUCAUGAAGAUGCCGUGACUGCCUUGAAAAACACCCCUGAUGUCGUCUAUUUAAAAGUGGCGAAACCCACUAGUGUCUUUAUGAAUGACAGUUACGUUCCUCCCGAUGUCACCAGCUCCUAUCCCCAGCACAUGGAGAACCAUAUCAGCACCCAAAGCUAUCUGAGUCAGCCAUUAACCCCCGCCACCCCAUCUCGGUACUCCCCUAUCUCAAAAGGCAUGCUGGGAGAUGAUGAGAUCACAAGGGAGCCUAGGAAGAUAGUCCUACAUCGGGGCACCACGGGACUAGGCUUCAACAUUGUAGGAGGAGAGGAUGGAGAGGGUAUCUUCAUCUCAUUCAUAUUAGCAGGAGGGCCUGCAGACCUGUGUGGAGAAUUAAGAAAAGGAGACCGUAUAAUUUCUGUAAACGGGGUGGACCUCCGCAGUGCAACGCAUGAACAGGCGGCUGCAGCACUGAAGAAUGCUGGACAGACUGUCACCAUCGUGGCUCAGUACAGACCUGAAGAGUACAGUCGAUUUGAAGCCAAAAUCCAUGAUCUACGGGAGCAGAUGAUGAACAGCAGUAUUAGUUCAGGCUCCGGCUCAUUGCGGACUAGUCAGAAGAGGACUCUGUAUGUCAGAGCCCUGUUUGAUUAUGACAUAACGAAAGACUCCGGCCUGCCCAGUCAGGGGCUGAACUUCCACUUUGGCGACAUCCUACAUGUCCUGAAUGCCUCGGACGAGGAGUGGUGGCAAGCGCGGCAUGUGACUCCAGAUGGCGAGAUGGAGGAGAUGGGCGUCAUUCCCAGCAAGAAGAGGGUGGAGAGAAAAGAAAGAGCCAGGUUAAAGACGGUUAAAUUCAACUCCAAGUCUCGAGACAAAGGGGACCUGAGUGACGACAAAGGCUUGAAGCAUGUAACUUCUAAUGCCAGCGAUAGUGAAAGUAGUUACCGUGGACAGGAAGAAUAUGUCCUCUCAUAUGAGACAGUCACGCAACAGGAAGUGAGUUAUGCUCGUCCGGUGAUUAUCCUUGGACCCAUGAAAGACCGGAUCAAUGACGAUCUAAUCUCGGAGUUCCCGGACAAGUUUGGAUCAUGUGUUCCCCACACGACUAGACCUAAGCGAGACUAUGAGGUUGAUGGUCGGGACUACCAUUUUGUUAAUUCACGGGAACAAAUGGAAAAAGACAUUCAAGAUCACAAGUUCAUCGAGGCCGGCCAAUAUAACAACCACCUGUAUGGGACGAGCGUGCAGUCAGUGCGAGAGGUUGCAGAAAAGGGCAAGCACUGCAUCCUGGAUGUCUCAGGCAAUGCCAUCAAGCGACUCCAGUUAGCACAGCUCUUCCCCAUUGCGGUGUUCGUCAAACCCAAAUCGGUGGAGAAUAUUUUAGAGAUGAAUAAAAGAUUGAUGGAGGAGCAAGGCAGGAAGACCUAUGAGAGAGCCAUGAAACUGGAGCAGGAAUUCCUAGAGCACUUCACCGCCAUUGUACAAGGGGACACGUUAGAAGAGAUCUACAACCAGGUUAAGCAGAUCAUCGAGGAGCAGUCUGGGACGUUCAUCUGGGUACCAGUCAAAGAGAAAUUGUGAGAUGGCUGGAGACAAAUAAACCUUAUUUUAGUGUAGGUUAUUUUUUUUUCUUAUUUCUUUUUUUUUUUUUACACUAACCUGGCCUGCUUCUUGCAUUGGCUUUUUGACCCCUGAGCAUAGGAAAUACAUUUUCUUUGGAUGGGCUUGGGGUCAUGGUGGUCUCACGGCCACCGCUCUCUCUCCUCUCUCAUGCCUCUCUUUGAAACUGCUGUCUAGAACUCGCAUCCCAAUCUCCGCAUUUCAUCCUCCGGUCGGGGGAGACAUGCCUAACCAGCGACUUACUGGACAGAUUAUACGGUACAGAUUCCUUAAUGUUUAAGGGAGGUGACUUGCUCGAAGGAAAACCAAUGAGUUAAUGCAUUAUAUACAUUUUGGUUUGUUCUUUUUCCAUACAUGAUCAGAAGUUAACGCUUUCAUGUCUGUCUCUGAAAAGGCAUAAAGCCACACUUUGCACGUUUUUGCAUUAAGAGCAUGUUUUGAAUUAUUCUUUUUCAGUUAACUUAUGUUUUUGAGCUACGUGAACUGCAGCCACCAUAUUACUUCUGUUUCCUCUCGUUGAUCUUGUAAAAUCAAGCAGCCCACUAAUUUUAAGCAGCUGAUCAGUUUUGUCACAAGUGCACAAAGAGGACGAAAACAUUUGGCACAAAAGUUUUUCUUUUUAUAUUAAAUGUCUAUUUGUCUUAACAAUCUGUGUACAUUUUAAUCAAGGUGCAAAUGGGGAGUAGCUUUUAGUCGAGGUGAAAAGGAACAGCUUACAAUUAUCUUUCAAAUCCAGGUGAUGACAUAUUCUUAUUAAAGAAACAAAUGCAAAAUGCAAAUAAGAGAGUAUAAAUUGUAAUGUAUAUUCAACCCUCAGUAUACUGCCUAUUUUGUUAUAACAAAGUCUAUAUUGAGCUUUAAUUAAACUCCACACCUAUGGGUAUUAUUUUCUUUAUAAUGUCAAACAUACACUCGUAUGAAUAUGCGUGUAUGUAAAUAAAAAUAAAUAUAAAUAGAUAUAUAAAUAUAUAUUUUCCUUUACUUUUACCACCAUCACUUUUGUUGUUAAGGGUUUGUUUUAUGCAAAAACACUGACACGCAGGACACACGGGCUGAAUGGUGGUGUUCCAUUUGCAUCUGCUCAAACAAUAUGAAAUAAAACUCAAGUUGGCAGUUUGUAGUCUUCUGCUAUCUCUCGCUCUCCUGUGUAGUUAUGUCAUAUUUACUUUGUCAUGUGACGUGCAUGAUUUCUAAAAGCAAUAGUCUUUGACACGAGAAGCGGAGGAGAGGGCUUCUCUUUCUGUUUUCACCUGGGAUUGUGAAAAUGUCAAGAGUUAGCAUGAACCGUAAACGUUAGAGGCUAGGAGAUUCUUGCCUCCAUGUGUGUGAACUUGUCGACUGCCCAGAGCUGAAGAGAGAUUUGCUUUACCACUCUCUAUCACAAGCCUUUAACUCUCCACCAAGGGGCGCGCUGACAGCGUAAACCUUUUCUUUCUUAAAUUACUCGGAGAUGAUUGUUUUCUAAAAGAUUGCUUCUCUAACUUGUCAUUUUGGCUUUCUAACACAUUUUUGACUCGAUUAUGUACAUAAUCUGCCAACUUGAUUCAUUCCAUUUGUCAAAAAGGAGAACAGCUAAUAAAAACCUUUUUUUUUCUCAUA